AUGGCAUCAAAUUCAAUCUUGACGAUCGCUCCCUAUAAGCAUCGUAAAGAUUUAACUAGAGAAUCAGUUUUAUCAAAAUAUCUGAUUAUUGGAUAUAUUGCCGCUGGUACUUACGGUAAGGUUUAUAAAGCUAAAUCCAAAACAGAGCUAAGCAGUAGAGAUAAAGAAAAAUUCAAAAGUGAUAAUCAUCUGAAUAAAUCAAUUUACCCAAAUAAUGAAAUAAUUCAUUAUACUGGAAUAUCACAAUCAGCAAUUAGAGAAAUGUCAAUUUGUAGAGAAUUGAAUCAUAAAAACAUAACCAAGUUGAUCGAUAUAAUUUUAGAAAACAAAUCAAUUUAUAUGAUAUUUGAAUUUUUCGAACAUGAUUUAUUACAAAUUAUCCAUUUCCAUUCUCAUCCCGAAAUUAAUCCAAUACCCGAAUCAACAAUUAAAUCAUUAAUUUGGCAAGUUUUAAAUGGAGUUACCUUUUUACAUAAGAAUUGGAUAUUCCAUCGAGAUUUGAAACCAGCAAACAUAAUGGUUUCAAGUAAUGGGGUUGUUAAAAUUGGAGAUUUAGGAUUGGCUAGAAAAUUUAAUAACAAUUUACAAAGUUUAUACACUGGAGAUAAAGUUGUGGUGACAAUUUGGUAUAGAGCACCAGAGUUAUUAUUAGGUACAAGACAUUAUUCACCAGCAAUUGAUUUAUGGGCCGUUGGAUGUAUAUUGGCAGAAUUAUUACUGUUAAGACCAAUUUUUAAAGGAGAAGAAGCAAAAUUAGAUCUUAAUAACAAAAAAUCAAUUCCUUUCCAAAAAAAUCAGUUACAAAAAAUCAUCGAGAUCUUAGGUACUCCAAAUAUUAAUAAUUGGCCAGCGUUAUGUAAUUAUCCAGAAUACUCUUCAUUUCAGCAAGUUUUCCUUAGUUCAAAUUCUACGGUUUAUCCAAAUAAUUUAUUAAAUUGGUAUAAUUUAAUUGGUGGUAAGAACAAACAGUGUCUUUCUUUACUUAAGUCGUUAUUAGAAUAUGAUCCAUUGAUCAGAUCCACCGCCGAUGACGCCUUGGUUCAUCCUUUUUUCUUAGAACUACCAAAAGUAAACUCUAAUGCAUUUGAAGGAUUAUCAGUUAAGUAUCCAAACCGCCGAAUCUACACUGACGAUAACGAUAUUCUAUCCAACGGCAAAUUGGCCAACAACAACCCGAACGCGAUGAACCAAAUGCAAAAUCAAAAAUCAAAUUUCAAUUCCCAAUUGUUUGGUAAUAAGAGAUUAAAUUUUAAUGAUACUAAUCAAAGGAAAAGACAACGCUGA